CCAGCAAGGCACCACGGUGAGACGCGUCGCGACGCCACUCUUUACGUAACGGUGGACGACCGAAGGAAAUCGCGACUUGUCGAUGUUUACAGGAACACAUUUUCAUUAUUUACUAAGUAAGAACGCGAUAGAGUAUUUUUGGAAAAACUGUUUUUUUUCUCAUAAUUAUGGCAAAUUUUGCAGAAGAUGUAAUGACAAUAUUUUAAAAGUGUUUGUAAUUUUAAAAGUAUUCUUAUCUUGAAGCUAGAGAUGUGUGGUGUGCCACUAAAGUUGAAAUAAUGGAUUAAAGUGCAAUAUUUUUCUUUUGGAAAUAAUGGAUGAUGUGGCCGACCUACCUUCAAGCUCAACCUACAGCGAAGACCUAGAGUACUGGCCAUACGACCAUGAAGAGUCUUUCGAUUUUUCCGAAACCGGUUUCCUUAGUUUCGUUCCUCCGCCUCCUAGACCAAUGUUUCUUGAAGAUAUUAGUCCUGAUGGGGUGACUACUUGUGAUAUGUGCUCUUGGGCUAUGAAAAAAAGUAAUGCGUUAACUUUGGAAGGAAAAGAUGCUCCAGGAGAGGUUGGUUGGGUCCUAACGUUAGUAAUAGUAUCCCUCACAUCAGCAUUAAUAGGAGCUGUUAUUAUGAUAAUAGUCCUACACUGUAAAAGCAGACUGAAGAAUUCGUCCGUAAGUGAACAAGACUGUGGAAUAUCACUUCAUCACCGCCAGCUGUCUACACGGCCGCCCCUCGAAGCCCCAUCGGACGACAAAGAAAUAAGUACAAUAACCCCGGCGAACUUCCCCAACGUUCCAAUGUCCAUGCCCACGAAUGUCAAUGGGGUAUGGUCCUGGCUAGCCCGACGUAGUAACACUCCCCCAUCCAACCUAAACCAUUCUCCCAACUCUCAUGUUAUGGAGAACCAUUAUACCCAUAUGGAGGACCAGUACAAUGUUGAGGAGGCUCUUUAUGCUGAAUUGGAUAGGGAUAAUCUUAAUGAGGAUGAUAGAGAAAGUAACAGUUCUCCUGCCUAUCAAAACUCAGCGUAUACAGAUACAGACGCACCUACGUCCAGCGCACCCUCUAGUGCAUAUUAUUCCGAUCUCUCUGUUGGGACUAUGCCAGAAAGGGCGUACGAAAUAGUGGGGCUGUCAACGCUACCAUCGUGGGACCCUUGCGGAGCUGGCAACAUCGAAAUGCGCAGAACAGCCGCGCCGAGUCGCCUGGCGGCUAUUAGUGAAAAUGUUGGCAACACCGUGCCUUCCGACUAUGUUUGACGGCUUUAGUGAAGUCUUCGGCUUAGAAAAAUGUCAUAUUUUGUAUUCUUUGAAGGUGAUUUAUUUGUAUAUAAUGUAAAAAAUAUUUAUAAAACAAACUUAACAUUCCGUCCUUAAUUUUGUAAAUUUCAAACAUUUUUGUGAUAUUUUUUAUUUAAAAAUAAAUAACAUGAUUUAAAAACAAUGUUUAUUGGGUAUGUAAAUGAGCUUUGUGAAUUUAAAAGUGUUAGAGAUGAACGUAAUUUGGAACUGUAUUGAUGACGACAUGUUUUGUAUUGAAAUAAAGAACUUAUGUUG